AUGGCCAGCAGUAUCGAUAUCUUCAACCAAUAUCCUCUCCACCUCGAUCCCACCUCCAAGGCUAUAUCUCUGGAGCCCUCAUCGUCGCAAUCCGCCCAACAGACAGCGUCCAUCAAUGAAGAGCUUAAAUCACUGAAUCUCCUGCACCGGUCUCUCCUUGCCCUUGACUCUCCCAACGUCCCUCCCCCUCCUCUCCCUAUCAACCCGAAGCGCAGUGCCCAAAUCACCAAGCUGCGCGAUUCAGCCAACACCGCUUACCGCAAGAACAACCACGUCGAGGCUAUCAAACUUUAUACAUACGCCAUCGAUAUGGCCCUAGGACGUCCUGGUUGGGAGCCCGUGACUCUCGCGCGAGAUGAGCUAUCAGGUCUGUAUGCCAACCGGGCGCAGGCACAUAUGGCGCAGCAGAAUUGGCCUGAGGCCAUGCUGGAUGCCAAGACAAGUGUGGAAAGCAAGCAUGUGGGGAACGUGAAGGCGUGGUGGCGUGCGGCGAAGUGUUUGGCGGAGAUGACCCGGUGGCAGGAGGCGAAGACUUUGCUCGAACGUGGAUUGGAGACCGAAGGGAGGAAUAGCGAAGGUGGAAAGGAGCUGAUGUCUUUGCUAGAGGAGGUUGAGGAAGGCCUCAAACGGUCCGCUUGA